CUUUACUCGUAAAUUUCCAAGAACAUCCGCUCUGGGUUUGAAUUCAUUUUCUCUCUCUUCCAAAAUCUGUCGAACUCCCGCAUCCUCCUCCUCUUAAAACCCCAACGACAAAAGCAGCAUCUCUAAUCGGCGGCGCCUCCGCUAACCUCCUCUCCUUCACUACUACUGCUGCUGCUUUUCUCGAUAUUUUUUGGUGGUGAGAAACAAUGACAACUGCAGCUAGACCUACAUGGGCACCUGCUAAGGGUGGAAAUGAGCAAGGUGGUACAAGGAUUUUUGGCCCAUCUCAAAAGUAUUCUUCCAGGGAUCUUGCAGCUCAUACAAAUCUUAAGCCAAGGAAGGAUGGGCAAGACACCCAGGAGGAACUUGAGAAGAGGGACCUUCGUGAAGAACUUGAAGAGCGUGAGCGGAGACAUUUUUCAUCAAAAGAUAAAUCUUACGGUGAGGAUAGAGAUCGUAGAAAGGGCGGCCAUCUUCUCCUGGAAGGAUCAAGGAGGGACGCUGAAGAACGUAUUGUUCCUAGAAGUGUAGAUGCUGAUGAUUCUGAUGUGGAUGUGAAAAGUGAUGAUGAAAGUGAUGAUGAUGAUGACGAGGAUGAUACUGAAGCUCUUUUAGCGGAGCUUGAACAAAUAAAGAAGGAAAGAGCUGACGAGAGGUUGCGGAAGGAACGAGAACAACAAGAGGAAGAAUUGAAAAGCAAAGAAGCAGAACUUAUGAGGGGAAACCCUCUAAUUAACAUCAACGCUCCAACCAACUUCAAUGUUAAAAGAAGGUGGGAUGAUGAUGUUGUGUUCAAGAAUCAAGCACGUGGUGAGACAAAAUUGGCUAAACGCUUCAUCAAUGAUACCAUCAGGAGUGAUUUCCACAGGAAGUUUUUACACAAGUACAUGAAGUAAAUUGUGGGUCAAUUCAUAAUGCAGCAUUUGUUUGUGUCAAAGUGACUUGGCCAUUUAAAUUUUAGUUCCCUGCAUUUUAAGAGUCGAAUGGGAAAUGGCUAUUGAUGUACUUGUAUUAUCUUUUGGAGACUAACAAAUGAACUCUAUUGAGAAUUUACUAGUACGUAUGUAUAUUUACUUUCGCCUGCUUGAUAGAAUAUUUUGUUUCUGCCUCUCA